AUGUCGACUCUGAAGACACCGCUCAUUGCUGGAGGGUUCGGGACGCCGACAGACGACGAUGGACGACCGUGGUUAUGGUUUGUUGGUAUUGUGUGCUGUACUUACAGUGUCAUUGCCCUGGCCAUCAGGUUCAUGGCGAAAUGGGACCUGAUGGGGAUCGAAGAUAUAUUGAUCGGGGGCUCAUACGUCUUCGCCGUCGUCUAUUGGGGCCUGUUCGAUCGCGCGUUGUGGGAUGGAAUGGGAGCGUCGAGAGCCAGGGACAGCUUAGCAGAAGCUUCUGAGCUUUUCCGGUCAUCGUGGGUGAUCAUGCUGGUUGCGAUAUACCUGGGGAAAAUCUCGGUGCUGCUGUUUGCGCGCAGGAUUUUUGGCGGCGCGAAAAAGCAGACCAAGGUGCUCUUCAACUGCAUGAUAGGAUUCACAGCGGUAUGCGGCGUCGCCGCGAUAUGUGUGACUUCUGUGGCGUGCGACUUCCACAGCACGUUUCGACCGUCCUCUAACACAUGCGCUGGCCUGGAAGCACGCAACACCACCAUCACCGUCCUCGAAGCAGUCACCGAACUCCUGAUCAUCGCUCUACCUGCCGUCCUCGUUUCGAAAACAACGAUGAACAUCUCCGACAAGGCAACAGUGAUUGCUCUGUUCAGCUUUCGACUCGUCUGCAUACCCUUCAUGGCAGCGGCGACAACGAGCUUCAACGAGUUCUUGUCCAGUGACUCGGACAGAGCACCGUCGCGUGCCAUCGUCGCUCCGGCAAUCUGGACACAAGUCGUGCUGGCCUGGUCCAUCAGCUCCGCCUCAUUCCCCUGCAUCAAGUCGUUCCUGGCCGCCUUCGUUGCUGUCGCGGACAUGCAUGCAACCAUGUACGGCACAACACACUCCGGCAGCAGAUCGAACCGCGGCACUGCCAUGGCGAGCAAGACCGGCAAGUCGCAGCAACGGAGCCAGCUUGGCAACAGCUCUGUGCUACACACGGGACAAUCCAGGCAGGAUGGCGAUGCUGCUAGCCUGGAGAGCGACGGGUCGCAGCGGAUCAUGAUAACCAGGAGAGUGGAUGUGGAUGUUGCAGUGGAGAAUGCGGACUCCAAGUCGAUGGCGAGGGGUAAGGACAACAAGCAGUCGGGUGUUUUUGAGGGAUAUACGUGGCAGGAAUAG